AUGAAUACAAAUAUUUUAUUAACUAUCACACCUUAUACAGCUAUUUGGUCUCCAAAAAUUGCUAUUAUAAUGAUUAUCUGUAAUUUUAUAUCAAUAGGUAUCGGGCGAUAUGCGAUUCAAGUAAGAGGAUUAGGUCCUAGUAUACCUAUACUUGGACUACAAGGCUUCGGAUUACCAGAAUUGUUAGCAACAACUAGUUUGGGCCAUUUAAUUGGUGCUGGAGCUAUUAUUGGACUAAGUAGUAUAAGAAUUAUUUCUUAA